AUGUCUUCGAGCUCAUCGUCUUCGGCGGCUGCUGCUGAUCACGAUCCUGCUCUUGCCACAUCCUCUUCCAGCCAUAACUUGAAGAGACUUGCUUCUCCGACCUUUGAAGGUUUUGAAGGAGACAGCAGGAAGAGGGCCAAGACGAAUGGUAAUUCCGUAGAUGCGGACACAGACCUACCCCAGACAAACCCCGCAUUGGCCAAUGCCACUCAGGCUGUAGCAGUCUCCACCCAACCGACACCGUCAUCUGCUUUGCUCGAUGACCUCGAACAGGAACUGCUCUGUGGUUGCUGUUCUGCUCUACUCUACAGACCUGUGAUUGUACUUCCUUGUGAACAUUACUUUUGUGGAAGCUGCUGCUCACUUUGGGUCCGAAACGGCGGCACCAAUUGCCCCGCAUGCCGUGGCCUCUCCACCUCCGUCACCCCAUCUCGCAUCCUUCAAGUCAUGGUAGACGUUCUUCUCCGUGCCGACCCGUCUCGUGGCCGUACAGACCGGGAGAAGCAACAAGCCGACGAGAUCUACAGACCUGGUCAAUCUUUCCGCAUCCCAACGCCACGCGAAGCCUCCCCAGAACCGACGAUACCCCAGACCGGUGGCGAAUACGCACGGCCCUGUCCCCACUGUCUCGCCGGCAACAGAUAUGGCUGGCGUUGUCCGCGUCCUGUCCCAGAUCCCAACUCUGACCCCGAUAACGCAUGGCACGUCGACGACGGUUCUCCCCCGGGACACGGUUAUUGUGGCAACUGCGAGAACCUGCUCGCGCUAACGGCGCCGACGACGACCAAAUGCGACAUGUGUCAAGUCUCCUUCUGCGGGAUCGGCAUCCAGAAUCGAUGCGUCGCUUUACCGCUCAUGGCACAGCACCCGCACGGUCUUUCGGACGUCGGAGACCUGAUCCAGUCGAGCGAGGUGUAUGACGCGUUUGAUGGGAAUGCGGUGGAGGUGGAGAUCAUGCUUGAUUAUUUUACGGCGAAGAGGAUAUCGCCGAGGGACGUUUAUCGGGAGAUCGUCGAACAUAUACAAACCCAACCUAAUAAAUUCCAACCCCUCAUCGACCUCGACCUCUUCCUCGACGUCCACGCCGUCGCUCCCGGUCCAGACCCGGGCCCGAACCCACCCAGGGAACGGAUCUGCAGACUUUGCGCUACGGAGAUCGUGCUCUGGGGAUUGAAGGACUGGUGGAUCAGAGAGAGGAGGAAGGGGGAGUUGGAUAGGAGUGUUACGGAGAGGAGGGAUUGUGUGGAUGGGGCGGGGUGUAGGAGGCAGAGGGAGCAUGGUGAGUUUUUUCUUUCUUUCUUUCUUCCUUGUGGGGUGUGGAAUCUGGAUGAAGUUGAAUUAAUCGUUGUACCACCAUUCAGCGCACGCGAAGGAAUGUGA